UUAAAUAUCAGACAUUAUAUUUUGUCAAAUUUUUAUAUUCUCUUGUUAGAAUUUUGAUUGAACUCAACUGCAAAUAGCUAAGAACAAUGACUUUAAAAAUUAUUUCUCAUUUGUAAAGUUAAUCGUUGUUUAUAGAAUAUAUUACCCCUCUUGAUAUUGCAAAAAUCUUUUUUUACAUACACAUCAUUAAAUUCAUGUUUUGUCAGCAGUUUAAGAAUCGAGAGAAUAACUUGUAAUUUACAUGCAUAUUAUGACUUGUAAUGGUAUUCUUCACUAAAGAUGAAUAAGUAAACAUCCUUUUAAAAAAGGUCUCCCUCUUGAGGUUUGAAUAAGAUAAAGAAAUAAGAUUUUAAGUUUAGCACCCAGUGGCAAAUAUUAUACUCAUGUGGGAAAGUAUGUAUUAUUCUGACUCAGAACUAACAAACCUUCAUUUUGUCAUUCAAAGGUAAAAUAACAAAAAUGCCCAACUCCUAAGAAAAAAUUUGAAUAAGAGAGUCAAAUUUAUUUUCAUAAAUUUGAAUAUCAUUGUUUUGAGUUUAAUAACUUUAAAGAUGAAAGUAACUUCAUAAAUUUUGUGAAUGCAAAGCUCAAUUAUGGAGUUAAAUCUUCAUUAGAACGACUUAAACCCCCUAAAAUAAUAUUCAAGGAGUAUACAUACUUCAAAACUUAUGAUCAAAAGUGUUCCAAAAAGAUUAAUGAUCUGUGUUUGGGUUCUAAUCUUAUUGAUACAAAUCUUUCCAUAUAGUAAAGGAAAUCAAAACUCCUACAAAAAUGUCUGCUUCAAGUGAUUAAUAGACAAAACUGUUAGAAAAGGUAGACAAAAUAAAAUGCAACUCAAGAUUGCAUGCACUUUUUUGUCACCAUUAAUUUUGACAAUUUGAAAAUCAUUUAAAUUGAAACGUUAAUGUCAGACUGUACCGAGUCCGACAUACAAUUAAAACAUGACACUAUCAAAAAACUUUAACCUUUGAAAUGUUAUUUAACAUUGAUACAUAGUAGUUUAAAACGGGAUGACUAUUUAAGUAUCUGAUAUUUGAUACUAUUAUUGUAUUAUCAAUGAUAUUUUGUAAACUUUUCUGUCAAUACUAUGUACAUGAUAAAAUACCAUACAAACAAGGAUAUCUGUCAAGUUGAUAAAUCUAAAAACAUUCAAUCAAUAAAAGAAAGUUAGUGGUUGUUAUCUAUCAAAUCUCAGCUAUUUUUAAAUGUACAAAUAAAAUUCUAAAUUUCAUUAGUACAGUUUCAAAAGAAAUUGUAAAAAGCAUAUUUCUUUUUACAUUGGAUUUUAAAAUUCUUUAAAAAUGAUUGUUGUUUUGAAUUCUAACAGUUCAUGUAGGAUUUUUUUAGUUUGUAAUUAAUAUUAUGCCAUCUGCACCUUUACUUAAAUGCAGAACAACUGGACAUCGUAGACACAGACUCGGAACCCAACAUUCUACAGCAUCAAGUGGGGACACAACUUCUAACAAGAAGGGAAAUGUAACCAUUUUAAAAUCAAAAUCCAGUAGCAUUAAAAGUUUUGGAGCAAGGGAUAAUGGCGGGACAGAUGAAUCACCUGAAGUAAAUUCAUAUUGGUAUCUUGGUAGCAUGAAAAACAAAAAGACCAAACAUGUAAAGAAUGGUUCAUCACAAAAUAACAACGUAGAAUCUAGAUCUGAUUCUCCAUCACCAAGUGGAUUGUCUUCCACAGCAUUGUCUAUAGGAGCUGUAUCCAUCAUCUUUAUAUCCAUAUUUGUAGUCUAUACUAGUGACUUAUUGCCUAAAACAUUGCAAAAAUCUGAUUCUCCUCCAAUAUCCACAAAAGGGGGAUGGCGAUUAGCUUCAGUCAAUGUGCUUCAAAAGUUUGGUUCAUCCAAGUGUACAGUUACUCGUAAAGAUGCCAAAUACUUCACCAAUGCAGAAUUUGAAAAAGACUUCAGGUUUAAAAAACCUCUCAUUGUUUCAUUUGACAAUGGUGCAUCAGGUUGGACAAGACCAGAAUCAUGGUCAGUGGAAAGCUUGAAAAAAGAAUAUGGUGACUGGCUAGUUUACUCAGGAAGCUCAUUAGAAAUUGUGAGGAGAGGUGGUAACGGGAAUGUGGAGAGUUCUUUUACUAAGUUUGUUGACCAGUUGAUAAGGUCGAAAGAUGACAAGGGAGAACCUUUGUACAUUUUUGACCGAAUGUUUUACAACGAUUCAAGUCUACCAACAACAUUAAAACCACCAAAAUAUUUUGAAAUAAAGGAUGGACGAGAUGAUAGUAUAUUUUUCCUGGGAGCCUCUAGUAGUGGUGUCAGCUUCCAUAAACAUGCUGAUGCUUGGAAUGGUGUGAUAUAUGGAGAAAAAAGAUGGUUUCUAUAUCCUGUAAACCAUACACCUCCAGGAGGAGUUUAUCCAGGUUUUACACAGAUUGAAUGGUUUGAGAAGGUGUAUCCUUUUUUACCAGAGUCAGAGAAACCAAUAGAAUGUGUUCAGAAAGCAGGAGAAAUCCUAUACUUGCCAGAAGGGACAUACCAUGGUACAAUAAAUAUGGGGGACACAGUGGCCAUUGGUAUACAGAGAAAGAAAGCUUCUACUAAACAAGAAAAAUUAGUGUAUGAAGAACUCAACAGAAGAAGCAGUCUGAAUGGUAAACUGUCUGAAAAAGAAAAAGCAGAUACUCAUACAGAAAUACUUCAUCUAUAUGAGGAACUUCAUAAAUUACUACCAGAAAGUACAGAGGUUAUGAUGAAACUAGGUCAAACAUAUGGAGAACAUGGCCAUGUGGAGAAAGGUUUAGAAUUAACACUGAAAGCAAUUGAGAAAGACCCAUAUUUUGUGCUGGCUUAUUUAAAUAAAGCAGAUUUAUUGAACAAGCUAGACAAGAUAGAAGAAGCAGAGGAUUCCUAUAAAAAAGCCAUUGAAUUAAAUCCUAACCUCUGGGAUGUCCAUGCUCAAUAUGGCUCCUUCCUGGUCAAUCAUAAACGUCCUGAGGAGGCUAUCAAACAUUUUAACAGGGGUAUAGAAUUGAGUUCUAAGCAGCAAGGAUUUUAUAAUAUGUUAAGACAUGCACAGAAGAUGAUGGGAGAUGAUGAAGGGGCAGAGAAAACAGAGAGGUUGAUGAAACAGCUGUUCAACAGAAGGAAUUGACAUCUUUAAAAAAAAUCCUUAUCAUGGUGUUUCAAUCAUUGCAGUGGCAGAUCCAGAAAUUUUCAUAAGAAGGGGCCACUUCAGUCAUGUUUCAGUGAUUCCCUAUAUAAUCGACCAAAUUUUUCACACAAAAGGGGGAAUCUGGACCCCCUCUUAAUCUGCCUUUGCCCUCAAUUGCUACAUAAACUGCCUUAUUUGAUAUUUUGUACAAAAUUUGAAAUCAUGAUGCAUUUAAGUCCUAUGUGAACUGCAUUUAAAAGAUACUGUAAGGAUUUAAAUCUUACAAGGUAAAUGAAUAAUUAAUAGAAGCCAGGUAACAAUUAGCCAUACAUAGUUUCCAUAGAUUGGGGACUUUCUGUUUUGAAUCUUACUCCGAGUUUGGUGGGGGUCUGAUUGAGGGGUUCCGAUCCCGGAUCCCGCUUACUGUUUUGUCAGAUUCUGUAAUACGUAAGCAAUUCUCAUUUUUUUGUCAUUUCCCGCUUACACUAUAUACGUAAGCAAUUUUCAUUUUUUUCUCAUUUCCCGUGUCCCGCUAGACCUCAUUUUCACGACAUAAUAAUUUGACUUUCACAUGUCACACUUACAAAAAAUCGGCAAUCCUGUGUCACACUUAGACCCCAAUGAGACCCACUUUGUUAUUUUUGUGACAUUACUUGAUAUUACUUGAUACAUAGUUACUGUCUGUCUGAUAAGUGUUCUGUGAAUAUUUAUUUAUUUAUUUUUGAAAAUCUUUGCAUUGAAAAAACAAGUGGUUGUUCUAAUAAUUAUGAUAUUCCAUGGAAAGAUCCAUAGAUUUGACAAAUAUCUAAUGCAAUUACUCUUUGAUUGUACGGACAUGCUUGGAAAAUUUGCUUCCAAUUAGGUUGAGUAUUUAUGAUUCAAUCAUAAACCUUGUCAAAUUUGUAACUAUAAAUUUCUCAGACCUGUUUUAUUUGGAAUGAUAAUGCUGAAAAUGUAAAAACAUUUUUAAGAAGAUUUUUAGGAAGGCAUUGGUGACUCUUGUGGAUAGAAAUAUAAACCCCAUAUUUUUUACUGAUUUUUUUCUGUUAUUUAUUCGGAUAUAUAUUUUUCUCUAAUUCUUCGUCAAUUUAUCCCUUUCUGCACCCAUUGUAUGAAAAAAAUUUAAUCAACGUGUGGUUCGUUUGAUCUCAGAACUUCAUUGGAUAAAAUCCAAUUGUGACAUCGAAUUUUCUUGCUUUCCUCUGAAUUUCCUAUUGUGACGGCAUGAAAAAAGGCGACCAUGCCUGACGACGUCACAUAGAAAGAACACAUCUUUUUGCAGAUCAUUCAAAAAGAAGAAAUAAGUUUGCCUGCAUAAGGUUAGAAAAUCAUUAGAGAAACAGAUUCCCCCACCAAAUCUUGUGUAAUACGAUAUUUAUCCACACUUGACAGUUAAAUUUAACUGUCGAGAGUGGAUAAAUAUCGUAUAACACUCGAUGCAGUGGUAGAAUCUAUAUUUAUUCAUUAAUGCCAAAUGUGAACUAGUGCCAUAAAUUUCAAGAAAAACUAGAAGUAACAUGGGAGAUCACUUAAAAUAGAUGUUUUUGACUACAUUUAAAAAAAAAAUAUUGUUCAUGUUUUUUAAAGGUCAGAAUUACACACCGAGUCCAGUAGUUUGGUUCAUUUGAAAUGCUAUGCGUGUCCAAUAUGUUACAUAAACAGAUUCAUGUGGGUUAAUGAAUUACCUGCCAGCAUCUUGCCCAGACCAUUAUUCAUUUCUCUUUUGACAUUAGGAUUUUGAUAUUAGGUUCAUACAUUCAUUAUCUCAAAAGAUAUGUUGCAAACCAUUGAAGAUUGCCUGUUGACCUUAACUUUGACAGCUUUUCAGUAUGGUCAAUAUUUGAAAAUCAGACAUAAAAUGUUUAGGAUUUCGUUUUAUUGUUUAUACAUAGACAUUAUGACAUCUCGUUACUUAUUUAAGUUAUCUGGAAACCAUUGUCUAAGGCUUCUAAUUGAUAAAUUUAGGAAAAAUUUCACUCAACCUUUUUCUUAAUCCGUAGAGUGUAUAACAAUAUGAGUAAAAUUUAACUUGAACAAGUCCUUUAUUGUUGAUCAUUACUAAAAAUGAGUUACCAUGACAUUCCAUUUUGUAUAUCAUUCCUUGAACCUGUAAACUUUCCUCAAAUAUUCAGGGUUUUGUGUUAUUUCAAUUUGUCAUUUAUGAUUUAAUGCUUUUUACAUCAAUAUAAAAUUAAAUUUAUAAUUUAUCAUUUAUAUCCUUUCAUUUAUGAAAUUGCAUUGAAUAAAAUUGGUUACUAAAUUUGAACUGCACUUAUUAAAAGACAUUUAAUUCAGGAUUAAGAAAUAGUCAUAAUAUUGUUCUUCUCAUUUC